AUAAACACAGGACGCUCUGUAGGUACCCCACACCCAUCCGUGUGAUUAACACAGAGCACUUCACUGUAGAAUACAGCAGCCCCUCACCCCCGUUUUCUUAUUCUGAACUGCUCCUGCCCCUCCCCAGACACACCGACCUUAGUAAGAUCCAUCCCCAAGUUGCCAUUAAGACGAGCGCACAGCUGUGGCACACCGAAGACCCACGCGCAACGGCAGAUCAUCAAUGAAUGAUAUUCGGUGUAGAUAGGUGGCAGUGUGUUUGGUGUCAACCACACGCAGGCGGUAUCUUUAUGACGAAACAGCAUCUCCAGUUUUAUCUUUCGACUAAUUCGAAGCGCGCGUAAAAACUGAGCUAAAAUAAUGUUGACAAGCGCCUUGGCAAAGAUAUCGUUCCUCCUGUCGUGGGGUUACUUAGUGCUGGCCACGCGGGUCGCGUUCUCCAACUUCUCCGUGGACAAUGAAGUGCGCUCCAGCUUUAUCCAGCGGCGACUGAGGGGCCAGGAGCGCAGAGAGAUGCAGCGGGAGAUCCUCUCCAUCCUGGGGCUGCCGCAGCGUCCGCGUCCGCACGUGCACACCAAAAGCAAUGCCGCCCCAAUGUUCAUGCUGGACCUCUAUAACACUAUUAGUAUAGACCCAGAACAGCACAGGUAUUCAAACUACGAGACCGUUUUACCAACGCAGACCUCCCCACUGGUGACCCCACAGGACAGCCGAUUCCUAGAAGAAGCAGACACGGUGAUGAGCUUUGUAAACCUCAUUGGUCAGGAUCAAGAUCUUCUCCUCCAGCGCCAUGCUACAGAGUUUCGCUUUGACCUUUCACGUAUUCCAGAGGGAGAGGCCAUCACAGCAGCAGAGUUCAGGAUUUACAAGGAUCUCAUCCAGGAGCACAGUGAGAACAAAACAUUCAGAGUGAGUCUCUACCAGGUGCUGCAGGAUCCUCCAAAUGGUGACUUGGAGCUGUUCCUGCUGGACCGGCGAGAAGUUCUGGUUUCAGAAGAGGGAUGGUUGGUCUUUGACCUGACCACCACGAGUAACCUGUGGCUGGUCAACCCUGAGCAUAAUCUUGGCUUGCACUUGGUUCUUGAGGACAGUCAUGGUCAGAAGAGAAACCCCCAGUUAGCUGGAGUGGUAGUGGGCGGUGGGCCUCAGGACAAGCAGCCAUUCCUGGUUGUCUUCUUCAAAACCAAUGAGGUGCGACUCCGCAGCGUUCGUUCAGCCAAUGGCCAAAAGGGGCGCCAGUCAAGCCGCUCUAAACCCCAGAGGACUGUUCAAGAUGCACUGAGGGCAGUGGAAGCUGCAACAGCCAAUAUCGGCAUCUCUAAAGAAGGAUGUAAAAAGCACGAGCUGUAUGUCAGCUUCAAGGAUUUGGGAUGGCAGGACUGGAUCAUAGCACCAGAGGGCUACGCAGCAUAUUACUGUGAGGGAGAAUGUGCUUUUCCUCUGAACUCCUACAUGAAUGCCACCAAUCACGCUAUUGUGCAAACUCUGGUGCACUUUAUCAACCCAGAGACGGUGCCCAAAGCCUGCUGUGCCCCAACACAGCUCCACGGCAUCUCUGUGCUCUAUUUUGAUGAAAGCUCCAAUGUCAUCCUCAAGAAGUACCGCAACAUGGUGGUCAGAGCCUGUGGCUGUCACUGACUACUCAUAUUCCCAUCUGUGACGCGUACAAAUCCAGAGAGAUGCUCAAGAAAGGCGGAAUCAGAGCGACGAUUAACUGACUGGUCACCGGAGAGCUCUUGCCACAGAGCUUUAUUCUGGGGGUCUGUUUUUUUUAUUUUUUUAUAUGACCAGCAGCUGAGCCAGCUUUAACCACUACCACAGCCCAAAUAGAGCUACUGGUCACAAAAAGGGAUUUUAUGGAUUUUGUUUUCUUUGUAACGGAUUUAAUUUUUUUAUAUACCUUUGUGUGAAACUAGAGAGACUGCACCGAAAGGACUUCGAGCAGUGCGCAGAAGUUUCAUAAGCUCAGAAGGAACCUGUAAAAAGUACUGGCAGUGGUGUGCGCUAUCAUACAUGCAACAAACAUCUCUAUUUGAAUUCUUUUUAAAAUAAGAAUAAAGAGUUUUGUCUUUUGUGGUAAUUUAAUUAAAACAGACUUUACAGCUCAUAAAACUGUAAAUCUU